AGAUUCUUUAAAAGGGUGGCGGUUAAAUAUUAUGAAUGUCGUGUGUAAUUAUUUUGACUUGGAAUAAGAUAAACAGGAAAGAAAAACUGACUAUGCAUAUCUCCCUAUUUCUGGGAUUUAUAACCAGUGUAUACACAAUAAACGAUGGGAACUUUUUGCUUUUUACUGAUUCUCGAGAAGGCGAGAUAUACAAGAUGAAUUUAUCGACGUAUAUCAGUGAACCUUUGUUUGGCUUCCAUCCCAAUCCUGUUGCUAUAAGUUUCGAUAAAGCAAAGAAACGCAUUUACUGGUCAGAUAAUGGAUUACGUCAGUUGAAAUCUGGUGACCUUGAAGGCAAAACGAACAGAGUUGUCCGUUACCUUGGAAACGAUUCCGUGGUAGAUGGGAUUUCCAUAGACUCGGUGUCUAGGUUGCUCUUCUUCACAGACUCAGGAUAUAGCUCUAUUUCUGUGGUUACUCUAGACGGAAAUAAUUAUCAGAAAAAGAUAAUAAAGGAAGCUUGGAUAAGCCAAGAUCAAUUGUUUCCGAUUACAAAACUGG